AGGCCGUCCCUAAUCCUGACUCCUCUUUCUACAAAAAACACUAACCUACCAGAACUUCAUCUGCACUCGCAAUCCGCUUUAAUGUUAAUCUUCAUCCGCCCUGAUAGAAGUAGAACAACCCACUGUGGUUUUCGUUGAUGCGUCGUAGUUUGCAGUAUUUCCAUUUGGUCUUCUCACCUAUCUGCGUCUAUUGAGCAGGACUCAACGCUCACCUUGUAGACCUUCUUUUCUACUGUUGUCGACUCUUCACACCCAAAAACGUCACGAUGCUCUCCAAAAACCUCCAACGUGCGGCGUCCAACGCGGUUGCCAGGUCAACCGCGACUUCCUCAUGCAGAAAUUCGAACGCAGCAGCCGCAGCCUCCUGCUCCAGGUUGCAUCACCUCCGCCGCACCAGCACCCCCUCCGACGUGAGUAUCCGUCCCCUCCACACGCUCUCCCGCCCGACUCGCAAAGCGGGCGACUGGAUGCCGGGGAGCAGGCACCAGGACACGGAUCUGGUCCAUGCGGCGAUCACCCCCGAGGAGAAGUCCGGAGCCAUCAUCACCCCGGUGUACCAGUCGACCACUUUUGUCCAGGAGUCAGUCGAGAAAUAUCUCGCGAAGGGCUUUAGCUACUCCCGCACAAACAACCCGACGGUGUCGACGCUGGAGGCGAAAGUGGCAGAGAUCGAGGGCGGUGUGGGCGCGGUCUGCACCGGGACAGGAAUGGCAGCGACAACCAUCGUCAUGAGCACGUUCUUGGCGCAAGGUAGGAUAGUUUUGGACACAGAAAUGGAAAUGCAGCCAUGACAGAGAUUCAUUCCGAUUUGAAUUUGAUCGUACAAGUCCGUUAUUCAAGCAGUUCACAUGAGCUCUUUUCUCACUGCGGCUGUUACCACCAAUAAAACACAUCAGGCGACCACUGCGUAAUCACUGACUGCAGCUACGGUGGGACCAACCGCCUGUGCAGGGUCCAGUUUGAGAAGUACGGCAUCGAGUUUAGUUUUGUCGACUUCCGGGAUAAUGACGCGAUCCGCAAGGCUAUGAAGCCGAACACCAAGCUGAUUUGGAGCGAGGCGCCGUCUAACCCGCUCCUCGGAUUGGUCGACUUGGAAGAGGUGUCCAAAAUCGCCCAUGAGCACGGGGCCCUGCACUGCUGCGACGCGACGUUCGCGACGCCGGUGAUGCUGAAGCCGCUGGACUGGGGCUGCGAUUUGACCAUGCAGUCGUUGACCAAAUUCUACGACGGACACAACAUCGGGACCGGGGGUGCGGUGGUCGCGAAAACGCAGGAGCUGUUCGAGGCGAUCAAACUGGGGCAGAACAUGCACGGCAACAUCAUGGCGCCCCAGGUCGCGUUCACGAUUUUGCAGACCAUGAAAUCCAUGUCCCUGCGGGUGCGCAGACAAAGCGAAACCGCAACGAAAAUCGCUACUUGGUAAUAAAAAAUGCUUCUUUUCGACAGAUUGUGCUGAUACGAUACCGAUAUUUUGCUUUCAAUGUUGUCGCGGUCUCGGCAAUUUGAAGGUCGUUGCCAUGCAAAGUGCUGAUUCAGUUUCAGUGCGCUUAUAUGCUCUUCAUCUGUGGGACCUUGGCACGGUUAGCUCGUGCGUACAGCAUCAAAAAAAAAAAAAUAGUGCACGUGUGGAAAAAUAACUUCAACUAUAUUUUUACGAAAAACUGCUUCUCACGACAGGUUGGAAAGUCAUCCAAAAGUGACGAAUGUGUGCUACCCCGGGACCAAGCAUCCGCAAAAGGCCAUCGCAGACAAAUACCAUCGUGAAGGAGUGCACGGCGCGAUGCUUUGGUUUGAAGUUGACUUAUGGGGGCGAAAAAUGAGUUUUGAUGAUAGAUGAGCUUGCGUUGCUCUGCGUGCAGCCGCAGGAAGAUCUUUCUGCAUUUAAACUGUCACACCGGGCCGCUUUUUUGUAGUUUGUCAUGUUGUAUCCUAUCAUUGUGAUUCAUAGACCUCGAAAAUAACUUUGUUGACUCUGACCAGGAUUCUUGCGUUGGUCGUUGUUUGUGUUUUAGGCAGCCGAAAAAUAACAGUUCAGGCUCAUGUUGACGACUUUGAUUUUUCACCUGUAUACUACGGAAAUCCGAUCACGUUGAUGAACGAAAUCGAGCGGCCAUGGAGUCUGUGCGAGAACCUGGGUACUACUAGAUCUGCACGAAACUUUUUUCUGGCUUGGAGUUUGCUGAGUAUGGUAUUUUUUCUCUUGUAACCUACGAGGACAUGACAACGAACACACCAAGAUUUAUUAUGCAUGGAAAAAACUUUUUAAACUUCUGCAGGUGCCACGGAGUCUAUUAUUACGGCCUGCGCUGUGAUGACGCACGCCAAUAUGGUCAAGGAGGACCGAGUAUGACGGUGAAAAGCGCCCCCACUACUUGUCCAAAUGUGUGCUGCGGCCAUAACGUCACUAAGUGGCACUUGUUAUGAAGUUUGGGUUUGUCAUGCGAUAGAGCAACUACAUUUGCAUCAGCCGACUCUAAUUUUUACGCAUUUUCAGUUUUUUCCGGUUCUUUUGCACUGCAAAUUGAUAAUUCCUGGUACUGCAGAACGUCAUCAAGGUCACUCAGCAUCACUUACAGUUGUUCUUUUGUGUGUUUUGCUGCCGCCGAACACGGUGAAGUGGACCCCAAGUAGACGGUGAGUGCGCUUUUCAAUCUGAAAUUCUCUGAAGGUGGGCAUUACUGACGGUUUUAUCCGGGUAUCGUGCGGUAUCGAGGACGCAGACGACCUCAUCAAAGCGCUCGACCGAGCGCUGCAGAAGUGCUGAACUUACUUUUAUGUGGUGUUGCACCACAGAGAAUCUAUUUCAAUAGUAGACAUUUUUCUUCACUGCACCAAUGAUAUCAAAGAUUUCUUUUUUUGUUUCCCCAAGUUACCUACUAGAGUAACUUCGUUUCAUGUUUCGCACCAAUUUUAAUUCCUUCCCCUGAUUGUGGUUUCUCCUCCUCGACAAAGGAGUAAUUUUUGAAAGAAUAGCAUAGAGCGAAAGGAAAAAUGCGUUGUCCAUCUUGCCCCGGAAAGGGAUUGGAUGAUGGCUUCCAGCGGGGGUAAUAUUCAAGUUCGAAGGUAUCGAACGUUGGUGGUUUUCAGAUUCACAAAGACAAAGAAGCAAGGGGUAUUUCAAUAUCGCGGAGAGCUCGUCACGCGGAUGCGUUGGCGUGGCAGCCUUCCGAAAUUAAGUAAGAUAAAGAGGCUUAUUGCAAGCAAGUAAGUAAAGAAGAUUUAUUCUUGUCACAGUUGGUUCCCUACAAAAGGUCUAUGACCGUCACGGUGGAUACGGUAGUUCUAACUCUCAGAUGUUUUUCUCUCCAUUUUCUAUCCGAAGAAGCAUCAUGAGGACCGAUUUCGAAAAGCGCGCCACACCGGUUGCACCUGUGUACAGAAAACCCCACCAGGUGGCAUAGUGUGAGCGGCGCGCCGCAGCACCGCAUUCGAUACAUUCUUCCAUCAAGACCAGAUGGGAGAGCUGCAACAGGAACCUACGAAUACUUAAAAAUGUUUCGUUCAUUUUUGUGUAAUUAUAGGCGUUAUCCGUUUCUAGCUGCUUUAUUUUAGAUAACAAACGAUUCUUCGCACAGAAGGUGCAGUAUCUUCAAGGUUGUUUUCUACUUGUCGAUAUUCCUUUCGCUUUCUCAUUUUGUUGCAAAUGAAGUCGUCGCAGGUCGAUGCUCGUCAAGAAAGACGUUUGAAUUUUGUGUCAUUGAGACCGCUACCAGCUGUUCGGGC